AUGUCACAGAAAAAAGAAGCUUUGGACGAGUUGUUUAACUGCACCUGGAGGCCAGAUUUGAAGGUAAUGAUGAUAUAUUUAGAGUUGAAUAAUGCAGCUGUGUCCCGUCAAAAUCGUAACAUGUUCACAGAGCACUGCUUUGGUGUUUGGACAGGCAAUUUUACGCGUAAACAGAUCUUGAAUGAAAACUUAACAGUCACGCAGGUUGCAAGUCGAUCGAAAAAUGUAAUUUUAAAACUAGCAAACCGUUAAUAGUAUUCACGUACAGACUACAAACAUGUUGCUUGUCACAAUACUGGCACUCUUUUCUAUCAAGUGUUUAGUGUUAUUUAUGUGAUGGAAUGCGAAGUUAAAAUUCCGCGCUCAUCAGCGCUGCCAACUUGUUGACUGACCUUUCGCGGCUGGUUUGAAAUCAUCAAGACUUGGGUCACUAGUUUCUGCGGUGAAAACAAACGUUACGGUGCUUAACGUACUGCUUUAAAGAAGUGAUUCGAUUUAAGAUGGUCUUAUUCUCUCAUAACACACAGGUAAGCCUUGGAACGCGCUUUUACCGUGUAAAACUAAACCUUAUGUUAAUAAGCGCUUUUGUAGUACUGUUUAUUUUGGUAAAUACUUGUCGCUUCUGAUGUCUGUUCUACUUCUCAUCUGAGUUUGUAUCCUGGCGCUCGUUACUAAAUAACACGACAAAUAAUUAUUCACGCUUCGAUGAUUUGUUUUCAAUUGGAUUUUACACAUUCGUUUUAAGAACGAACUUUCGCUUCUAAGGGAACUUUCCCUUCACAAGUAGCGUCAUAGAUUGGCGAUCAAUUGCCUCGCGAGUUCGAAAUAUGUUGUUUUUCCUUAGUUUCUGUUUACAACUAUCAUCCGAUAACCCUCCAUGCAUAAUCGUUAGCGAUUGAAUUUCUCGUCAUCGAAAUAACCUAAACAAUUUUCAGCUCGAUGUUCAUUUGCAACCGCGGCCGUCGUUCGCUCUUUGGGAAGAAAGAUUGCGAGACCAAUGCAGUCACAAUUUAUCAGAAGUUUGAAAGCUCAAAUCCAAGUGAACAGCAAAUUGGAACAAAUGUGUUCCUGCGUAAACAGGAAAUCAAUCGUUUAUUCUUUUCAAAUUGUACUUGCACUUUGUCAGUCUUAAAGUUAUGAUCUUCUUAUCUCUGCAAACCAAUGAACCAGUUUGGAUUUUGAAACACUGAUGAUGUCUGCUGUUUCCUUUUAUGGAAUCUUCGCGAUCGUGAAUUUUACUGUUUGUACCACAUACAUGAAUGAAUAGCGUAUUGGGGUAGAAAACGUGAGGUAAAAGGUUUUUGAUGUAUGUGUGAUAUAAGAAAUCAUGUGGCGUGUGAGCGCUACACGACAAGUGAAAAACGAAGUCUUAAUUACUUUGCGUGAUUCUCCACCUUUUAUCUUGUAAGAUCUUCGUAAUGCGGUACGGUUAAUUUAAGAAAAUUACUUAUCGGUUGCUGAAGUGAAAUGCAAUUUCAUCAUGAGAAGAAUAUCAUAGAUGAGCGUCUCCCAAAUACAUUGUCUUCUAAAAAUUAGAGAAGAAAAUUGAAGCUACAGAGAUUUUUUUGGGAGGAGUGCCGGGUGUCGAGGGAAAGGUUUGAUAGUCAUCUACGAUAGCGGGAUAUGUAAAAGAGAAAGACAUUUGUAAGCCGAGCCGGAAGGAAAGUUAUUGGAUACUGUUUUAUGACAGAGAGACAGUCAGAAACGGGGUCAUCUAUUUGAUAAGGUCAUUUUUGAAACGAGACAUGUCGAUUUCCUUGGUAGGGUCCUAUGUGCAUUUAAAAGUGAGGCUGACAAGAAAGACAUAAACGGGUGUAAUUUAUAAGAUAGGAAAUGUUUAUUUUUUAGAGAGAAAUUUGAUCAUUCCUGGCAGAUAAAUGACGAUUUCUAGUGGGAGUCUCCUUUUAAGAGACUUCAGAAAAGAGCCGGUCAUUAUGAUUAAGUCCCAAGAGUCUUACCCUCAAACUGGAGGGUACAUUAUCGAUGUUUAUUUUAGAGGGAAAGGGUUAUUUCAAGGCGAUUUCAUUAUUGAGGAACGCUUAUUAGGAAGACAUUUAUUGCAGUGGCACAUUACCAGACGUACUUUUUUGUAAAUCAAUUUGCGUCAUGUUUUUCCUUUUAAUCCACAUAGUCGAUAGCCUCUAGUAGCAAUUUAUGAAACCUGAUUUAUUCCGUAGAAGUAUUUUAAGCACCCUAUGGUGUUCACAAGCACUACCUAUCUCUCUCUCUCUCCAAGGAAAUAAUGAUUUUCACUUUGUCUUGAUGGUUCUUUAUUGAAAAACUACCGUGUAUUGUUUAAGUCUCUGUAGGAGACUAAGGAGGCUCUCACGCAAUAUGAAAUGUUUCGUUUUUCUCCCAGAUCCUCGCUUUUGAAUUGAACUUCAUUUAAGAGUCAUCUCAUCUCAAACUGAAAUUUAGGUUUUAAAUCUAAAAGUUCAAUUGAAUUAAUUAUUUUGAAGAGUACACUUUUGUGGUUAACUUUGCAAUUUUUACUUUGACUGACUUUAAGUGCACGAAAAGUAAUAAAAUUGUGAAAUAUGUGAGACAAAAGAAAUAUGGACAAUGCAGAACACGUUUUUAUUGAAAGGAAGACACGAAAAUAAUAAAGAUAAUCCAAGUUUAUUAAAAAGUGGCAGCGUACUCUAAGGGUGUGACAUAAAGGCAUCAUUGAAUAUUCAUAUAUUGUUCCUGUAUCACAUCGUCAGUAUAUUAGUAAGUCAAUAUAUCAUUUGUAAAUAACGAAUUAGCAUACUUUAAAAGUUCUGCUUGUCAUUUGCGAAGUUUAUCGCUCCGAAAUUUCAUUUGAUAUCGUUUUUAUCUCUUUGGAUGAUUAACUAAUUGUGCAGCAAAUGAGGUGUUAUUGAAUCCUAUCAUGCUCGCUUAUUGUUUAAGGAUUGUGUGAGAAUAAUUGUGGGAUUGCAUUUAAGGGUUAGCUUGCUCUUUUGUGUCGAGGAAUGCGUAUUAUUUUGCAUGUAUUUUGACAUCCACAACGACCUUUCGUUUGGUGGUAUGUGUGCCAUUUCCGUGGAAGCUGGUACGAAGCUGUUUUAAGUUCGUCUUCUUUCCUCAGUCUGCCUUUCACUCUUCUGACUUCUAAUAACAACUCUUAUCUCAGAUGAAGUUGUGAUUGAAUGUGAAAGGGUGUUUGCCGAUUGCUUUUGUGCGAAUUUACUCACACUUCAAACCUGGUUUAUCUCUUAAUUGUCAAGAAGAAAACAAGGCUAGGAUUAAUGUCAAUGACUUAAAUAUGAAAAGCCUCAAGAUGAAACUGGAACAGAUCGAUGAAUACAAGGUGAGUCAGUGGUCGAGUUAAAGUCGCAUUGCAGGAAGAAUUGGGAAGUCGCUGUUUGUUGAAAAAUUUGGUGAUAAUAGUUAUUGUACUUGCUGACCACUUAAAGGGAGUUUUUACCCUAUCGUUUGGUCGCAGAUUUCGAGAUCUCGUAUUAGAUGAUUGUAAACUAGGAAAUUAGGCCAACUACGACUGUUCUCUCUCGAACUUGACGAAGUGAGCGAGUGGUUUGUUCAUAUGGUUAUCAUCGGUGGCCAUACUGUUUAACUCUAAGUGCUUGUUAUGUGUAGUGGAUCAAUCGCCCAUCAGUAUUAGGUAAGAGUCAACUUCUACCGAUAUUUUCGAGUUUAUUAGAGACUUUUUUUUAAUGUUUGCGCCGUUUAAAACCAAUGGUAUACAUGGGCGGUAAUCGUUGUUUGGUUUUAGUUGGUUGAAUAACAUUUAAGCGAAAGAGAAUCUGACAGCAGACAGUAUAAAUUUCUUGACCUCCCAUCCAUGACAAAAUUUUUAUCCAAAGAUAUCAAAAGUGAACUACAACCUUGAAAAAUCGCGUUUUCCUCAACAGAGUACAUUUUUCCUUGAGUGUGUGAUCGAAUGGUCAGCACUAUAUCCAAAGAUGAAAUCAAAAUACUUUUUAAUGUGGACAAUCUGUCUGUAUCAGACUCGACAGCGAAGCAAUUAUUCGAUUUGGCAGUCGUGCAUGGACAAAAGGUGAAGCGGAAGUUGAAUUAUCUUAAAAUAAGCCUGGUCAUAGUAAGAGUGUCACAGAGAUCACGUGACUAUUUCACUGAUGUCAGCGGUUUUGGCGAGCUUCGUUUCCGUCGAAUAUUGUACCUCGCUUCGCUGUCAUUUUCAAUAUCGAUGUUGUGAACAGCUGUCGAAAAUAUUAACUUUCUAAGUAUUCGAAACCUUAGCAGUUGUUUUAUGUUUGAUUGAUGAACUGUAGAAAACGGGCUUCAUGUGGGAUCUUUAAAAACCUUAGAUCAUUGAACUUUACCAUCUAAUCUUCCAGGCUUGGGAUUUGAGUGUUGUCAUGUAAGUUCAUAGAGAAUGACUCAAUGUCAUCUUUUGUGAGAAAAGCAAAGGGAUGUUGCAUUUAGCCUUUUUUCUUUUGGAUUAAAUUAAUUCAAUUUUGCCCUUUAUAAUCAAAUUUAUCAUAAGUAGUCAACGCGAAAGUAGUUGACGCCGAAGGCCAAAGAUUUGCCAGAUAGGUUUGUGAACCUGGUUGAAGGUCUAGUUCAGUCUUAAAAUAUCAAUAGUACACGUUUCCUAAGGCUUUGAUAAUUGCUGAUUUGUUGUAAAGGGUGGUUUGCUGUGUUAUUAUUUUGUGGAAUUGUUUUAAUUCAUGUUGGGAUCUUCGAUAUUGUUCAGUUUUCAUCUUUGAUCGAAGUCUACGUGUAGCUGUAGCUCUCAAUUAUCAGCACAUUGGAUAUUUAUUCUUGCGAAAACGUAGGCUUUAUUUUUAUAUCGCGUAAUUUGGAGUUGAAAAUAAUGGGAUUGUCAAGGAUUUUCCUUUUACCACAUGUUACUAAAAACGCUUGCUACUUCCUCCUAUGUUGACAUAAGCAAAACACAACAUAACUUAUACGGAAAUAAUUCUAUUACUUAAACCUCUUGGAACAAUUUAUAGCUCAGAUUUUUUUAAAGGAUUUUGUUUGUAGCAGAACGCGAUACCAAGUUGUUUACGUGUCACGAACGAGCUGGAACGCUUAUCAAACUCAGGUGAAAGAGCAGCCCUUUAAGAAAUGUGCUUCGCUUCCGAAAAAAUUCCUUUCCUCGAUUAAUGGAUGUUUUUUCAUUUAGUGCUGGGGUAAGCUUUGUUGAUGAUACAGUUGAUAGAGCCUCACUUUUCAGAGAAUAUUGGUGUGGGACACCGCUUGUUGCUCCCUCUGUUAUAGUUUAUGAGGAGUGUGAAUUACUUUUGAUAACAAAUCUGUUGGCAACCAAAGACACCUUAAUUUGGUGGAAGUAUAACACACAACGAUAAAAUCUUGGUACUUUUGGGCAUUCGACCACCUUAAGCUGUAGCCUGACUGAUCUGAACCAUUAAGUUUAGAUAGUAGCCCAAAUAAAACGUGUCGUGUAUUCAAGUAUCUUUAUCUUUUAAGGUGCUAAUUUAUGUGUCACACCGCUGCGAUUUCACAUUGUUAAUGGUGAAAUCCAGUUAUGCUUCUAUCCUUGCCUAUUCACUCCAGAUGUGAGCUAAUGGACGUGUGUUACUUGCCAUUGGCGAGAGGAGCCUCAUUAUGGCUUUGUCUCAAUUAUUAAUGAUUUAAAUCGCUUUCCAACUACGAGAAGAAGAGGGGAAUAUUCAAUAUCAUGAAACACUGGUCAUUAGUGUUGACGUGUGAAUAUUGAUUCUCCGUGUUUCCUUAUGGCUUCACGCGUUCUUCAUCAAAGAGAAUGUCAGUUAGAAUAUUCAAGCGGACGUUAACGGAAAAUGUACUUCAGGUCAGUGUUGUGUUUCGUCUGUUUACUUGUAACUGAGAUAUUUUACGAUUGUUACUUUUUGUCUGUGAACAAUUUCCUUGGAAGCUACAAACAUCUGAAUUGCCCAGCUUCCUAAGUACCGAAUGUACAAUUAUGAAUAGAGCACGCCAAAAUAAUCUCCCGUGAACACUGAGGAAGCACUUAGGUCAAAGCUUAUUAACAACAAAUCUCCUUUUAUAUCAGCAACUUAGAUAUAUUCGCUUUAACUCAAUUGAAUAUUUCUUUAUUUUUGGAGACCUUGUCGAAGAUGUUGAGCCGCUGCAGCUCAGUUUACGAUCCACCUGUAAUGAUAUUUUUUAUUUUUAGCGAAUCUACACCGGAUAUGCUGGCAGAAUCAAAUUACCUAAUUUAACUUUGUGACUAGAAAAAUUGUUGAAUUAUUUUAAUUUCAAUACCAAACGAAUGACCAAGGUGAAUUCGAUCAAUAUCACUUGUUCUGAUAGAGUAAAAUUGGUUAUACGCUGGGUAAACAAUCAGUGUUUUAAAGCCUGAAAAAAAGAAAACAUACAAAAGAGUCAAGAAGUGAAUUUUGGUUACGCAAUCUCAGUCUGUAUAUAAAUCGAAACUUUAUUAUGGAAAUCCAGUUUAAGUAGAUUCGCGUCGUACUGUGUGGAUUUGCAGGCUUUUGUAACAACGAAGAACUGUUACUGACCAAACCUCAAAUCUAUUAAUGAUAAAUCAUUAAUGGUAACUGUGAAGGACUGACGUCACUGUUGUGCACUUUGAAUAAUUUGUAUAGGUAAGCAAAUUAUUUCGGGUACAACUUUCAGUAAAUGAAGACCAAACUUAUUUUUUUAAACGAGCAUCAAAAUUGCAUAAUCUCAUAGGGCGAGUGUGAAUUUAAGUCUUUGAAAAUAUUGAUACGUUCACGAGAGGAAUCGCGUGAUCACCUAUUGAUACUGCACAUGAAAAAUAAUUGAUAAAGAUUUUCACAAUGCCCCGAUGCCUUGGCAGAGUGCGGGAAUCCCUCACCCAGAAAAAAUUAAUCAAACCUUGCAUAGUAUGUUGUUCGUUCAAAACAACCAUGUUCAAUCAAAACUGCAAAUUUCUAAAUCUUUUUUUUUUUUUUUUUUUUUUUUUUUUUUAUUUUUUAAGCUGCGAAGAAGUUCAAAGUGCUACCAAACAGUGUUGUCACUUUAUUUGCUUAGAUUGUGAAUGAACUUUCUUAGGCAUUUUGUUGCCUGAAAACUGCAUCUCUUCUAGCCAAUCAAAUCAAGGAAUUUGUAGAUGUAUCAUUUUUUUUUUGGGGGGGGGGGGCACAAAAUGUUCGAGUUUGUCUUGUGAAAUUCGUACCAUUGUUUCUAAAUUUAUUUACGAUUCUACUUUUUUAUGAUGUCAGUCACCAUGACGAUAGCACUGCAUGCAGUUCUCCCUUCACUUUCGUAUCACAAUAUCCCUUUAACUCAACAAUUAACAGUGGAUUUUAUUGCAGAGCUUUAUUGAUCCCAUUUGUUUCGAAAAUGAAACUGUUUAUAGUGAAGGAUCGCAAUUGCUGUAAUUAAUUUUUACAGCGUUUUUUUUUUUUUUUACUAAAAGACAGGUAACUGAACUUAUCACCAACCAAUCCACUUUAAUGUUCGCUCUCAGUUGAAACGUGUACUGAUAUGAUAUCCUGCAACAAUUGUCAAUAGGUCAUGAAUAAUGAGACUCAGCGGUGUUUUCUUCAACAUUUUUGCAUGGAUGUAGGUCAGGACGAGCUUAACUGCAAUAUACUUUCCAACGUAAACCCACCGUUAUCAUCAUCAACAUCAUCAUCUUCAUCUUCAUCUUCAUCAACUUGAGACUAUACCAAGGAUUUACCUCUGUCAACAUGUACAUCGCCAGAAAGGUAGCCUCUCAUUUUGCGACCUUCAUUGUAUUUGAUUCAAAAGUUAUUCUAAAGUUAUCAUUUCUUAGAAACGAGUUCCAAGAGACGCAGAAAGAACAAGCAUGAACCAUUCUAAUAUAUGCUAUUUACGAGUUGAAUCGAGGUGUGGUUAAAGAAAGUAACAAAUCGAUUUAUCGGAUAAGUGAUAUUGGCUUGGUGAAGCUCCCUGCAACAAAAGUGAAAAAACCGAAAAGCUACUUUCAGUGGCUGAACUGUGUUUACCGUUUGUAUUAAUCUAAAUAAGAAAAAGAACUUUUGUUGUUGAAUUCUUGUUAACGAGUCACUUUCCACCGCUAUUGUCCAACAACAAUUUUAUGUAAUCAGUCAUUUUUCUUGGGCUCGUGCUCUUAUGCGUCGAAAUUCGUUUGUUUUUAUUCUUCACACCCACUGGUAUAAAUAAUAUCAGUUGGCGAAUGUCUCUCGGCAACAACAGUAAGUAGUCUUCGUCAAAUGGUGCCAUUUACAAUUAAGCACCUUGCUUUCGAACACGUUCAUGUACAGUAUGUUUAGUUAAUCGGCGGAAAACAUGGUUUUUGGUUGUGUAUGGAGACAGCGUGAACUAUUUGCAACAGGUACGGUGACUUUAUCAUGAUUUAUCCGUUUUCAAGUUAACUCUUUAAUUUAUUCUAAGCUCUAAAGCACCAAACGUUGUUUCUCGCCCUCAUGCCAAGUCACCUCUACUUAAAAGUCUCGUUUCUGUGUUGGAGCUAUUUUAUAUAGAAGGAGUAAAAUGUAGUAAGGUGCCCCUCCUUAUAGAAGGAUCAGUACGUAGAUUCGGAAAAAGCAGUAUGAAAGAAAAUUGUGAUAAAGCAUCCAGGUGUCGUCCCUUUUGGAGCUAGAGGGCUCCCGAUAUAGGAGCUUGGAACUGGGUGAAGAAGCCGAGACACCUGAGCUUCCUUAUCAUUAUUACAAAAUCAAUCUUUCUCGGUGUUCUUUGUUGUUAAUUAGCAAUUGCAUAUUGUUUAUAAAACUCAUAAAUUAGGCCCGCGAAUUUUUAGGAAUUACUACGAAAUUAAUUUGUUGUUUCUUGUUUAUAUUCCGCCUCGUGUACGGCUCGUUUAGCUACAAAGGAAACUUAAGAAACCGUUUAUUUCAGUUUCGGGUGUGAACCGACAAGUGCCAUACGGCGUUGAAACAAUGAACUGUGGUCUGUUUUGCUUUCCCUCUGGGGCCGUUUUGUUCUCGUAACCCUGACAUCUUAAAAUCGUUGAAUGGGAGUGGAGGAGAAAGUUGACGGGUAGAAAUGAUAUAUAGUCACUAAAAUUGUAGUUCAGUUCUGUGUGCUAUUUUUCCAUUCGGUAUGUUGUUACCAUCUUCUCUCAGUGUUUGUUAAUCACAAUUAACGGACUUCUUCUUUGUAUGCCUUGCAAUGUUUUUUGGGUAUGAGCAAAGCAUAAAGAUGUGCUCGAGGAAAAAUUGUUUCUCUGUAAUAUCGUUGUCUUGGUACUAGUAUGACAGGUACGUUUUACAGGGGAUAUGAAUUCUUAAGCCGCCCGGUUUGCUCAUCAAUCGCUUAUCAAGAGUUUUAGCAGUGCAGCUUGCUUGUUUAUUCGUGGGUCAACUGGCGUGAAUUUUGUGGUUAAUUCUUUCGAAUUUUCCUUCGCUUAUGCACACCCGCGGUGAACGAAAGUUAAAAUGUAAAUUAGACAUUUCAUUACUGCUAUUUCCUCGGCUUAUUGUGUGUUGUUUCUUAAACUGUUAACUUGCUGCUCCAAAGAAAAAGAUGUCAUAGUUGUCAGCUACCAGAAUUACCGUUAAACAAAUCACUGUCGUAAAACUCUGAGCGUGGAACACGAUGUCGUCUGAAUCACUGUUAGUCUACGAUACGGAUGAAGGUGGAGUUCUUCAGUUGCCACUUCGGGUAGGUUUGUGACCAUAUUUAUCACAAAAUUCUUAUACUUUGUUAUCUCUCGGCUUUUGUAUCUCAUAUGCCGUCAAUUGGAAAAGGUUUGAUAUCAGACGCGUUAUCAGUAUUUUGAUCAACAGAGAAAUGUAUGUCAAAAUGAAUUCUAAUGCGCAAAUGAUAAUGAGAAAUUAUUUGCAUCCAGUCACUAACAACAUUUCUGUUUGCCGGUAAUUCUGACUAACGUUUGCCUUACGUAACGGGGGAGCUUUUCCAUCCUCCAGUUCCUUUUCCUUUUUGUCUUUUUUUUGUUCGCGACCUGCACCAUCUCUCAGUGGUAAAGGAACGUUGUAAGACGAGGCGAAAGAGAGACAUCGUGUCCACUAUUCAAGUUUUUAUGUGAAUUUUUAACGUAGAAGAAAAAAGACGACAGGAAAACCAGGAAAAAAUCGGUUCUUCAGCGCCAUGAACAAAGAUGUAAUGAUAAUGUAAACAGUUUCUGUAACCGUUCCAAGAAUGUUUUCAUAUUGAUACGAGCUCCUACAAUAGUUGGCACGAGUGUCACGCUUGCACGCCUAAAGUUCAGAGGGCCUAUUUCUUUACUAACCGGGUACUUCAUAUCCUCAGAGUAACAUGAAAGGUGAAAUUUUUUGAAAGCUGAGUUAACAUUCAGUUUAAGCGCUUUCAUUGGUAAUCAAAAUUAAGUCGUGAUAGUUACAAUCGAGAAAAACCUAUGCACAAAUUGACUUCUAUUGCGUUAUAGGAUGACCUAUUACAACGCUGACUUCAAUUUAAUACCCAAGAAGUAAAAUGUUGUGACAUCAGUCUUAUCGCUCUGUGACUAAGCGCGAAAGGACAAGGGAAAACUGCUAACCCGUACGGCUUGACAUUUGGCCAUACUUCGUCACUUCCUCAAGGUUUUUAUGACCCUGCUAAACAACAAUUUCCGGCUUCCAGUGAAAUUAAACUAAUUUUGUUCGUGUGCGCAAUAAAAAGAAUUCCCUCGCCGGUAUAGAGUUUUUAAAAGCUUGUUUAAAUGUAAAUAUGCCGACGAGAAGUUUGACUGAACCAUAUAACGUUGAUCAUAAGCAAUCACCUUCUUCUCUCUGCCCACGCGUUUCACAGCUUUUUUUCGACUUUUUGAGUCGAUAUUCGUUCAAGAAACACAAAUAUCAGUUAGUGAAGAAUCUUGGGAUGAGAGUGAUUUUCGGAAAAGUCUUUACUUUCUCCUUGUUUUGAAGGAUUUACUUUAAUAACUUGACACAUUUGUUUUCAAGAACUCCUGCAAAGUGCAUUUUAGCAAGAUACUUCCUAGCAACGUCUCCCGCGAUGUUUUUUAUCUUUAACAGCUUGCGUCUGAUCGUUACAGGGCGAACAAUGCACUGGAGAAACAAAAUGCUUUAAAUUGUCCGAAAAUUUCCCCUUUUUUUUUUUUUCCCCUUCCCGUAUCCGUUUCUAAACGAUCAGAAUUGUCAAAGACAUUGAGGUUAGGUGCGGAGUUUAUCAUUACACAGCAAGAUGUCCAAACGACACCUUUAGUUAUACCAGACCAAAGGAUCGACUUUUUUUUAUAUCAAGGUGAUAUUUGAUGUUUCUCAUCAGCCUCAGAAAAACCAUAUAAAGUGUUUUUUUUGUGUCGUUUCUUGUUAAAAAAGAAGUACCAGUAUUACAACAACAAAACACAACAACAGCAACGGAAAAAACAACAGCGAUUAAAAAAGCAAAAUAAACAAAAUCAUAGCUCAAAGAAGCUCCAGUGUUUUCACCUCGCGAAGUGUAUGGGGAGCCAUUUGUGCCAAUGUUAUCAAUCGCUAGCGUUAAAACUCAAUCGUUAGUGCUAAAAUAUCAAUCACUAGCGUUAAAACUCAGUCGUUAGUGCCAGCAACAAAUCGUAAUUGUAAAUCAAUUUAGUGUCCGUUUUAAAAUGGUCAAUCGUUAGUGCUGAAACUCAAUCGGUUGUUUUCUUGCAUCAAACGCCAUCGUAAGACUCCAAUGAAAAGCGCUAAUUAUAAAUCGCUGGUGUUCUGAGGCAGAUCGAUAGCGCCAAAUACCAAUCAUAGGUUUUUAGUGUCAAACGAUGGUGUAAAACCUUCACGGCUCGUAUUAUUUUUAAAAUACUGCAAGCGUAGAGAUGUCAAUCGCCAGUGUUGUCACCGAUCGUUUGUGAUAAGUAAAAAGCGCAACUGCAAAACAUCAAUCGUUGGUGCUUGUAUCGAUUUGUUAUUGAUUCUUACUCGAACUAGUCUCCCGCUUGUCUUGCAAAGAUGAAUCAAAUCUUGGUUUCUUUCUUGCAAUCUGAUAAGGGACCUUGAAGCCCAAAGACAUAUUUUGAAUAGUAUUUUUUUAAUAAAUCCUUGCUAAAAGUUAUUGUAAUUCUAAAAACUAAUUACAAAUUCUGAUUAAAUGAUUUUCUCCACAAAGAACUUAUUAAAAACCCAAAAAUAAUUUGCGAUCUAAUGCCGCAUUCACACCAAAGCUUAAACAUGUUUAAAAGUUGUUUUGUUAAACACAGUUUAAUUUUUUUUUUCUUUUUAGAAACUAUUUAACCGAAUAUUUUUUACUUGAAUGUAGCACAUUGGAAAUGCAAGUUAGCAAGUACUUGAAUCCAAUGGAAAAUCAAGUUUUUCAGUGCUCUGUUUAUAAUUUUCAUUCAAUGAAAACCAGUUUAACAAAACAUGUUUUGCUGGUGUGAAUGGGGUAUAAGAUUCAUUGUGAAAGCCAGAGAUAUGUUUGAAAUCGCUAAAAAUGUGGACAAGUAUCCCUGGGAUUAAUUAUUAAUCGCUUCAAAAUGGGGCAGUGAGCAGAAAUAUCGCACCUGAAUGUUAAUUGCACGUUCUCUUUCCCCAAAGGACAUUAUUAUCUUCUUAUGAACAGGAUGCAUAAAUAUUUUCAAGAGCGUAAUAUGGAAUUUACGUUCCCCAUUCUUUCUUUCUUUCGAAUGAGGAAUAAAUCCUACUAAUUUCAAAAAUAAUAUGACGAAAAUUAAGCCUGGUUUGUCUGUCAUGUAAUAAUCAAAGGAUUAAUGACUGAAUAAAAAAAGAAAACAAGCACUUUUUUCCAAAUCAUUCAAAAAUGUUUCGGGUAUUGUGGACCGAGGACGUACAAUAGAGAGUCAGUAAGAGAUUUAGUUUAGGAGAUAUGAAACAAAAAUUACAUGAAAUACUCGUGCGCUUCGCGAUUAAGGUAACUUCCCACCUUCAGAGGCCGAAAAAUCGAUUUUUAUUUUAUUUGAAAAAACUGAAUUCAAACAUUCAACUAACGUUUCCAUAAAAAAAUAUCUGGAAUCUUUAAAAGCACACGGGUUAUUUAGAAAAAAGUAUUUUCAAAUAAAAGUUAAUAUAUCAGGAAGGCGUCAUAAUCUCGGACCUGGUCGAAUGCCCUGGGGCUCGAUUUUCAUGUUAUUUCCAUCCAUCGCGCACUUUACAAAAUUUACACGUGGAAGCUCUUUGUUUAUGGAAAAAUCUGUGCUCGUGGAAUAAUCAAAAGUGGAAGAAAGUCCUUGGGAAAAAAAAGAAAAAAAAACAUGCCCAAAGAAGAAAAAAGGGGUACCACUCCGUCAAAUAAAGAACAAAAUUCCUUUGUGAAAGUGACUGGUACUAGGGGAGCUUCACGCUGGCGUUUUCAACAAUUUGCGAACAAAAUUUGCCAAGAUGUUAAAAAUAAGCUUUCUUUUCUUUAACCAAAAAGUUUGCGAUUUUCUUGCCCUUUUUUGCGAUUUUUCCCUUUUUGCCGCGGGUUUUUUCUUUGCCUUCGGUAACUUUGCUCAUCAUUGUGUCGUCCUCCUCAACGCUCCACGGAGCGAUUGAGAUUAAAAAAAAACGUGUCUGUAAGGGGUUUCUUUUCUCGGGCAAUCUUGAUCCAUCAUCAUUGACGUUAGGAGGUCCCGUUGUCCUAUUGGUUUGCGGUUGCAGGAGGUGAGAUAAUCUCCUGGCGUGGCGCGAGUUGUUUGCGAACCUUUAUGAGCUAAAAUCUCGCGUUUGAUUUUGGGAUAAAUACAGCCACUUUGAGUGAAUUUAUAAGGUAUAUAGAUUAGACCGAUUUUCGUCAAAUUUCGCCAAAACAUCCUAGGAACAAUGAUAAACGAAAGUGUGUCGGGAAAUUUUGAUAUUUGAAAUAUUUGUCCCGUGGCGUCCAUUUACGCAACGCGACUCGUAUAUUUUUAGCUACUCCAACUUUAGUUGCCGAUAUCUACACAACCAAUCAGAAUACCGAAAAAGCCCGACACAUUAUUGUUGAUUGAUGUCUUGUGAAUGAGAUUGUGCAGCCAUUUUGCUCGCAGCCUGCGAUACCCGAUAAAUUCAACGGAAGAACCCUCGAUCGUUUUACGCCUUACCAGCUCCUGACAAUUCCUUAAAAGAGAAGUCGCUAAGUUAUAUUUUUAUCGUAAUCGGUAUGUAUUAAGCUUUCUUCUGAUAUAUAGUUUGCCAGAAUUUUAGUGAAACUAGCGCGCGUACGAAUUUUUCCCAAAGGACACCCGCGAAGGGAAGUAACCUUAACUAGUGCUUGAAAUAUUUUGACAGAUUUUCAAAUUUCACCCGCCUUCUGCUCGUAUUCUUGCGAAAACGUAAAAAAAGUAGCCUUCCAUUAAAAAAAAAAAAGAAAUGCCCCCGCUUUCAUGCGAUAUUUUAACGCUUGUUAUUGUGAUCAUAUUCAACCCUACAUUAUCAUCAUUAUCAUAACUGUUUUGGUAUAUACCACACGGAUAGCAAAAAAUUAGUGUAGUUUUCUCGUUAUACCGGAAAAUGGUCGGAAGUUACAUUCUUAACGCGGAAUUGUGUCUCUUCUGCUUCUCUGAGGUGAAUAGUACUUGCUAUUCACCUCAGAACUUACCAAUCAGCGCGCGCGAAAACUAAUGUUCACUUGUAUGGUAUAUAGAGGAUAUCACAUGAUGGCGAUAAGAUGCGACUUUUAUGUUCGAGUGGCAAGAACAAUAACGUCCACAGGUCUUAAAUUGAACGAUGAAAAGUAUACAGAUAGAUAAGAGCCAUUUUGUUCCCACGGCAAAAUUUAUCCCGUAAUUUAAAUAUAUAUAAUCAAAAUAAAUAUGGCUGAUUUAAGCGAUCUGCAUAAAUUCUAGACGUCUUUCACAAUGGAUCUCUUGUGGGUCAUGCAACUGUCUACUUACCACAAUAUUUUCAGCUGUUCUUGUAUUUUUUCCAUUUGCCUCAAAAAGUGCACAUUUUGGUCGAUGGUAACUACUUUCCACAAUCUACAGUCUACAACUAAUGAAAUCUUGGCCGAGCUUCUUUUAGAUUAGGCCCGCUGUGUUUGCAACAAUUGUCGUUUGCAAAGUGUUUCCUUGAUACUAAGUGAUUUGUGUUCAUUGGCAUAUACGCAGCUUCGGUAAUUUUCCUGUGAUGCUUUGUUGUAUAUUGUUUUUAAUAUAAACCUUACUGCUUCUUUAACAUUAUUUAAUUAUGCUACUUUUAGAGUGUGGUCGGCUUUUCAGCAAAAAAUCCAUCAAUUUAGAUAGGCUAAUCGACCGCACAAAUUUCCCCUGCAAUGCGUUUCUAGGUUUUUGUUUUGUUUUAAGUUUACGAAAAGUUCAACAUUUGAAUCAAUCGCAUCCAAACAGGAAGUCCGCUUCAAGUUCUCAAAAUGAGGCAAGGACAUUUGCUUCGAAUUAUUGGGACUCUCCAGUACUCCCAUCUUAAUUAUACGUGUGGUUUCGUUUAUUUGAAUAAUUCCCAACGUAUUAAAGGUUUUUCCUUUUUCAAAGUUUACUUAAGUGCUGUGGAAAGGAAAAAACCAGUGAUAAUAUUUUGUGUAUCCUUGUGGGAGUGAAUGAAUAUUCUACCAUGCGUUUUUUUGUUUUACAACAAGUUCACAUUACGUUUUCAAACGAAUGCUUCCCUUAAACCGUUGUGUUGUUGUAAUAACAUGGUUGUCGUCAAUAUUUACCAAGGCUAAAAUGGUAUCGUUGAACGUAUAGGAGAAUCGAAUAAGUUCUUUUGAUCAUUUGAUAUGCAAAUUUGUGAAGUCUUAUAAAGACAUGCCUCUAGCAUUUUGUUAUCGACACCUGUUCGUCUGGAGAUAUGAAUACUUCUAUGAUAGAUCCGGGACUAUUGAAAAAUAAAAUAACACAAUUGUUUUGGAUUCAGCUUUUGGGCAAGAUCGCUUUUGCAUCGCCAUGUCCACUGAGAGAUAUCAGUUUCGUCAAGGAAUACUCUAUUCACAAUCAAAGCUUUUUUAUACGUGUAAAUAAUGUAAUUAUCUUGACCAGCAGAGGAGAAAGGAGAAAUAAGUGAAAGGUAUGAUGUAAAUCAAUUUUUUACUCAUGCUUAUAAUAUUGAUUCAGUGGAAAACAGAAAAGGGUGUCAAUGAUUUCCGCUUACCGUCGAUUAAAUCAUUUUGUUUUGGUCCAGUACCAAAGCAAAAUGUUUUUUCCUCCCUGAAACGCAAAAUACACGUUGGAAAUACGCGCGACAAGAUAUUUCAACGUAUUAAAUUUGUUAGUGCACUAAAUAUGCAUAAUGGAAGCGUGUGUAAGAAGUGUAAUAAGUUUCAUUUUACAUCAUUACCACGUCUGUAAUUUCAGUAGAACCUUUUAUUAUACACUGGUCAAAUGCUAUUCAUGUAUUAGCCCUAAAAUGCCAAGAUAUCUCAUGAAUCUGCCAUCGGUCAUGAUCAGAUUCCGUGUUACUUUAGGUAUCAGUUGUUUAGAGAUGCAGCUUAAAAUUAGAUGUUUGACGCCGUCUCGUAAACGUGUAGCAACCGCCUUCUUAGUGCGUUUUAUAGCACUAAUGUCUUCAGGUUAGCCAAGUAAUUUUGUAUGUACUAUUUUCAAGAGAGGAAGUAACUGUAUGACGAUCACCUCAUGCCAAGAAUACGAAGAGCGCAUUUUUGAGUCUUGUUGAUUAUUCAUUUCAUCACUUCAGCACCUCAGUUGAAUAUAUCACGUUUUAUUUAUCAAAGAUUUUUUUAAACAUCCUGUGCCCAUUUAAGCAAACUAUCACAGCGGAAUUAUUUUUUUCAUCAUACUCGCAAGAUGAAAGUUGGUUUCAAUUUUAAACUCCGUAAAAAUAUUUUAAUCACCCUUCUAAAAUUUAAUAACUUCAUGAGACCAGCUGUUUGUCGAGAGUGUUAUGAUUGAGUGCAGUUUCAUCGCGUUUGUUUUCAAAAUUCAUCUUCGUUGGGAGUAAUGUUUGUCAGCCUUUCGUCCUCAAGACUGGUGCAAGAACAUUUUUGUGGCUCUAAGUAUGGAUUUAAAGUUGAGGAGGUGUUUUAGCCUGUACCAAAAUUACGAUGUUUGUGGAGUAAGAAUGACGCUAGAUAAGCGCUUAACACCUUUCUCAGAAACGUUUUUGGAAUUAAAAGACGUCUGUCAAUGUAGAUGUGACUAAACCGCACAAAAGAUUAAGUGGCUCGACCAUAAGAUUAAAACUCUUAGUGGCUGUGGCGUUUCUUUUUUUAAUUGUUUUUUUCUCUCUGGGCUUUUUUAGCUCACGUUUUUGCUUGGUUUAAUGUGAUAUCUCUUCAUCAGAAUAUCAAGACAGCACAAUAAAAAAGUCGAUCGGGGUUAAGGCUUUCAAUACUCUGCCCUGAUUAUAAUUUUGAACUUCUCUGCGAUGUUCGAUUUCCGCUUUUCCGCCGGGUGUUUCUUGCUGUUAUUGGCUGCGAGAAUAAACCCCCAAUUUGAUCUUUCCACGCUUUUGUUGUAGGGCACUUGAUAAAAAGGAAGCUUUGCAGGGACUGUUUUGAUUGGUAGACCCGAUUUACCUAAAUAUUGUUAUUCGUAUCCAUAUGCAUUGCGAAAGCUAAUAACAGAAAAGAAACCUGUCAAAGGAUGAACAUAAUUGUAUUCAAUGGCCAUCAGUUCUUCCCUAAGCUUGAUAGGGCCUUCUCAUUUCUUGCAAUAGCCAUGAUACGCAUCUGUUCAAAGAUUUUACAGACAAUUUAUCUCAAAUGCGAAAAAAGUUGUAAUAAUUAAAAACAAAGACCUUUUUGUGAGAAGUUUGUUUUAUUUUAUUGUGCAAAAUUUAGUUAGUUAUCAUUUCAAUCAAUUAUUUUUUAAGUUAACAUUUAGUCAAGAUUCAAAAUCCGAAGUAAUUGGGUAAUCUAUCUCCUCCAUAUUUCAUAAUUGGACGUGCUUAGUUUGUCGUCUGACCUUGCCUUAGAUUCACUCUAAAGAACUUGUUUUGGAUAUGACACUCAAGGGUAAAUUGUUUGAUUGGAAACAUCAAGUUGGUUGAUGUUCAAUUUCGAGAUUCCUUUCGAAAGUCUUUGGAUUUUUCAUUGUUCUGACAACAAAUGCUCGAUCCUCCAAGGCUAGUUGGCCAGCAUGCCCACUAAUGCCUACCAAUUAGCUAAUAUAGAAGCAUGUCGUGCUGUAGGGUUUAUAGUUAGUUGAGCAGAGUUAAAGAAAUGGAGUCGAUCAGAGUGAAAGAGAGAAAGAGAGAGAGAGAGAGAGAGAGAGAGAGAGACGGUCGAUGAGAAUAACGCAUAAUAAGCAAGAGGGAAUCAGAGUCGGUGUUUUGCUUUGAAUUCUUAUUGGCUACUGAUGAUAUCAACCUUUGUUCUCAUUGGUCCUUGUUAUAACUGUGGUUUUGGUACUUCGAAGCUCAAUUUGAAACCUCACCGCUAUGACGUAGUAAUCAGUCUAGGACCGUUUGGAAAUGUGUGCAAUUUCCAUGACGCCAAGGACGUACUGCGGUUAAUGAGUUUUUUCUUUUAGUUUCAGUCUAACCAAAAAAUGGUAAACCUAAUUUAGAUUUCGUUCGCUUUUAAGCGUCUUCAGUUUGUAAUAGCUGAAGUGGGUCAAAUGCGUAGUGUCGAAUAAUCAAUUGACAAUAGCCAGACAAUCAGUUGCGCGAGUAAUUGCAUUGUAUUCAAUUUUAUCUGUUGAUUCUUUCAAACUUCAAGUUAUGCGGCUAAUAUUUAAAAAUUAGGGCAUGAAUUUUAAAACUACACCCUCAGAAUGGUUAUCAAGAAAAUUAGACGCCAUUCCUGACUAAUCAACAUUAAUAUCUGUGAUCACGAAAGAGAAGAAAUUUAUACGAAACUGAAUACUUCCUUUGUCCAUUUUUUACUCUGGACUAAAACAGUUCUUUUGUGAUAAGUAUGCACUGCGGUUAGAAUUGCACGGCGGCUCCACCCAGCCUCGUAAUUAGGUUACAUUAAGCUUUGGCAUUGACCUUGUCUUCAUUAAAUUUGAAACAAAAAUUAUUAAUUUUCUUGUAGAGAAAACUAUGCCAAUUCGUUCAUGAUAACAUGCCAGGGUCCAGAACUGAGCUUCUACUGAGGAGGAAGCUCUCUCUCCGGGGAAAUUGCGUCACACUCGAGGAAAGGGGCUCUGUCUAGAAAAAAUACAUUAAAGUUUAUGAGAUUUAUAACGUAAACAUUAGAAAUUUUCUUAGCCUUUUUGUCUCCAUUGGGAAAAAUUUCCUGUCUAUCAAAACCGCAAUUAGUAAGUUUCUUAUGGAGGGUGACCUCAAUGCUUAGAAAUUGGCAAAAACACGCACGAAAAGCAAUGCUUCCUAUCAAUAAAGAGAGAUACCAUCCUUGAAUUUUAUGAAACUUUCAAAACUUGACGGUUAAACCUUUAUAAGUAGACUUCAAAAAGAGUAGAAUGUGAGAAAGGGAACGACAAAUAAGAAACUGUCGUGAUAGUUUUUUAUCUUAUCAAAAUACAUUUGAAGAAAUCUUUUGUGUUGGUAAUCUUCUAUUUCGACCACUAAGUAUGUGUGUUUGUAGUAUUCGUAAAGCAGAUAUCUGUGAGUCAUCUCAUCUCACUGUGUGGAUACUUAGAAAGUUUUUACAUCCAUUUAAUUGACUGGUUUGACAAUCGUUAGCAUUGUACAAAAGAAAAGACUGUAAACUGAUAACUUAAACGCCUGAGGCGUUAGGUUUACGAUUGAGUGUAACCCAAACGCAAGCUUUGCAACUGUAAACAUGGUUUCUGGGCUUGUACUGUGGUCAGCAUUUCGACUUGCAGGUGUCUAAAUUGCUUCUUAAUAGGUUUAUUCGUCGACCUAAAGGCUCACAAUGUUAGCAAUUACUCCCUCGUUCAAUUUCUGGCGAGUGAAGGCUGCACGACGUGGAAAAGGAACGGCGGUAGAAGUUUGUCAUUUGCUGUGUUAGGCUAAAAAAUAAGCCCAGCUAUUUUAAAUCUUUACCUUGUGUUGCCCAUGCCUUCUUUCCUUCCUUCCAGAAGUUUUAUUUCAUGUUUGGUAAGAGCUGAAAUACUUUUGAAAUCUCUUAUUGUUAUCGAAGUCCAAAUUUGUUGAGACAAACUAGGCUAUCGAAUGCUGUUUUGAUGUGUAAUUUUAGAUACACUUGCUACAAUAUGAUAUGGUACACAAGGCAGUAAUUCUACUCGCUAGCUCAAUGCGUCCAUAUAAUUCAUAGCUUUAAGUGCCAAACUUUUAUUAAGUUUGUAUUUCUUUUGCAGUUCUGUUAUGUAGUUGAGCUAUAUUUUCACUCAGAAAGGCUCAUGUUUACACGCCACUCAGCCUAAACCAGCCAAACCAUACCUCAUGCACUUCAAGCGCUUUCGAUUUCUUAUGCACACGAAUUACACUCUACUUGAGAAAAUAUGGUCUCCAAUUUCGUCUUGAAGUUUAUUUUAUGUUUAUCAUGGUAAUAUUACAUGCAAAUGCUUGGCGUGGGUUGGUUUCUUAAUUUCAGAAUUGCCCCGAAGUUUAAGUCCAGGCUGUCUAAAGAGAUUGCGAUAAAAGUUAACGUGAUCUUUCGCAUAGAAGCUUAACUUAUCUUACAAAUUGCGCUUCAAUAAAAAAAGGAUUAAAGGAGAAGAGGAGGUUGAUGAAGCACGAACUCGUAGAAACUAGAUAUUCUUUUGUUUGUUCUCUACAGCACCUGCUACUUUAUUCAAUUUAUCGCGGUCACAUUUAAAUAAUGGUAAAAUAUGUCGUCGGUUUUCUCGUUUGUGACAGAAUCAAACAUCCCCUCCCUUCCCUAAAUGAAAGGCUUCAAAAUUAUGUUACAAAUUUUUCAUGACCAAAUUUUUUGGACUGCGAAAUCAGAACGGAAGUCUUCUUCCGCUGUAGAUGAAUUGCCUAUGUAUUCUUUGUUUCACUGCCUUGCUGAAUCAACUUUACGCAAAAGCGUUGAAAAGAUACGAGAAAGAAUUAGAAUUUUAACUCAGUUUUCUAUCAAGUGACAUUUUCCUGAUCGGUGAAGUAAAUUGGUGCUGUAAUAGCAAAAUGGAGGUGGCAACAGACGUUAGUACUUCAUCAGUUAACUUAACAAUGUAAAAAAAUAAGGCUUUGCGUUGUUAACCUGUCGCUGUUUAAGACAUGAGGUUUCCUGAUAGUUUAUCCUUUUAUUCACCUAAUCGCGGUCGAAAGUAGACUUUUCUAAGAAAAAUGCAAACAGCAUUACGUAUUAGCGUUGUGUCAGUCAAAAUACUCAUUUCAUGAGUGAAGCACUAUAUUGUUGAACUUCGACAACUGUCGCUUCAAAAACUUGCUAGCCUACGUUUUCGCCGGAGGUCCGACCAUUUGGUUCGAUUCGGCUAGUAGUUAGUUACUUUGGAAAAAAGUGACUCAUACUCAGGGGCGUGUAUUCUCUUUCCAGUCUCGAUUCCAACGCAAAAAUAUAAUUUUACAAUCGACUUCGAAUGAGAGUUAUCAAUUAUUCAAGCGCUCGCGACAGAUGUUGCUUGUUGUCUCACGUCUUGGAUACAAAACUUAUUAUUGCUUCAAACCUUUGCUCCAUUGUCUUCAUAUCUACAGCUCCAACUGUGCCAACAUAAUAUGUGAGAUAACAUGUUACUUAGUAAGGAAAGCGAUGGGUCAUCGACAGUUCAAUUUUGCCAGGAGAUGAUGAGGUUAAGCGACCACUGCGUUCAAGGUUUUAGCGACCUGUUUAUCACAAACCUCUGAGCCAGUUUGGCGCGUUUGUUGUUAAGAUCUUUUUCAGCUCAAAGUGUAAGACUACUUAUCACGCGUAGCAACGAGAUCGUUUCGUGAUGGUAAGCGAUAAGGACACUGUAAGAAAUGCAAACUUAUUUGUUUUGACAAACUUAGAGCUAGAUGUACGUGAUUAAGAAGCAGGUUAUGUGCAUAUGCUAUGUGCAUUUAUUUCGAUAGUUUAGCUUCUAUUGUAGCUUACAUGCGUGAUAGUGGUGUCCUCCCCGGACUAACGCGAAUUUUUCGUGGUGUAGCGUGUUUUGCGCCUCUCAUCUGGUUUUGCCUCGUCUAUACUCUAUUUUCAUUUCAACAGAUUUCUUUGUAUUUUUACUGCCACUCCUUAUUUCUGUAGAUUGGUAACGUUUCACUGGCUCUUUAGUAGCUCAUUUAAUUGUUUUUAUUCUUUCAGAUCAUGGCGGCGUUCAAGAGAUGGCGCUCGAAGUACAAACGCUACAAAAACCAAAUUCCCGAACAGAUGAGGAACAGAAUCAUCCUACAUUAUGGACUAUUCAAAAUAACUUGGGAUUGGCUGAUUUUGAUUUUAGUGCUUUACACUGCUAUUGAGGUGCCGUUUGUGUCAGCUUUCAUAAUAGCGCGGGAUGAAGUUGAAAACCAUGGUAAGGAUGCCCUGACUGGUCAGUCAACACUUUGUUAGUCUAUCUACAGUUAAUUUGCGUGUCUCUAUCUUUUCGGAAGUUGUGAAAAACCAUUGCAAUGAACUUCAUCAAGUGAACUUGCUCCAGGCAGCGACAAGUUUGGCCUGAUGAAUCUUAAAUAGAGAUUUUUUAUCUCGCUUCUCAAAUUUUUAAUUUUAGAAUUUUAGUUCUCUGUUAUCUUGGCCAAGUUUGUAAUUUAGACUUUGGAAGGUUCGAAAUUUUGUUUUCUGAAUCAGCAUCAGUUAAAUUGAUGUUUUUUUUCCUCCCCAUUAUUCCCUGAAUCCUUCUGGAAGCUCGUUUUAUAUUUUUAGUGCCCAAUUUCGUUCAGCCCACAGGCAAAAUGAGCAUUACUCAGUAGUUUAUAUUCUUAGAAACUUUAUAGAUGCUGUAUUGUGGGUUUUUUUUGUUCCAAGCCUAAUGGUUCAAGGAUGCUUGCAUGUUUUCCCAAAAAAAGGGGAAAAAAAAGGAAAAACGAAAAUGCUCGAAGAAGUUCAAAACGAAUUUCCUUUCAAAGAGAAGAACUAUUAGAAUCAUAGUUUUCAAUUUGAAAUUACAUAUGAUCUGCUAAUGGUUUGCCAAAAAAUGCAAAAGCUCUGCAAAUACUUGUAAAUAUAGUUUCCUAGAUCAUUAGCCAAAAGGUCUGAGAUCACGGGGGAUCUCACAGCAUGAGAAUAUGAAAUGUUCAGGGCAUGAUAAAAUCUUCAUAAAAACUUUCCCGAAGGCCCUUCACAUCAUAUCUGUGUUUUGCAUGCUAACACUUAAAACAUCUCUUUAUGGAGGGCCUUGAGGUUAUCUAUAUUUUUUCAACUGAAGGAAACCUGUUGUGUUUUGUGAUAAAACGGCUUUCUCACGUCGAAUACACUUUAAUCCCGUCACGAAUUGGAAGGAGGCGUCAGUUCAAUUAGAGACGAUCAACGUUUAUCACUUUAUCAAAAAUGCCUGAAAUACAAUUUUUUUAUGGACAUUUGAAACCGAGUCCAUUAUACUGUCUUUUUGACGGAAGUAUUCUUCAAGCAAACCAGAUAUUGAAAAUGCUCUGCUAAGCUUGUUUUGUAUUAAAUUUUCAGGACUACCAUUUACAAAAGAAGUGAAGAUUUUUUUUCUUUCGGAAUCAAUUAACAAGAUUAUGAUCAUGCGCGGGAGCAAAAUAUGCCGCCAACUUCUGCCAUAUGUAAAGUAAACAUAAUUUCUCCGAACAAUGUGAUUGCGAUUAGAGUCUAGGGUGUUUUUCAUGCUGUUGUGCUAAAGGUAGAGUUUAGAAAAAAGAAGAAAUGAAAAAAUUAAUUUUGGCACGCGCAACAUUCUGUAUCACACAGAACUUUAGCAUUUUAACAACCAUAAGACAAAUUAGAGUGCAGCUGUUCCCAGCAGUAUGUCGGUUCUAUGGCUAGCUCUCUUUUGUGUCCAAACCUCAAUUAGCCAGAACUACCUGAAAGGAAGAUCAAUAGAUAGACUUUUGGCCUUACUUGCAUAAGCUAGUGUUUAUUUAAAUUUGCAUUUUAAGCGGUCGAAGAUAAUGAACGUUGUUAUAAUUAUUUCAACUGCUAUUUGCAGCCUGAGUGUCUCAGAAAGGGAAAUGAUACCGAAUAGCGCCACAACUCCCUUUACCCUUAACUCUCAAGAGUGAUUGGCUGCUAAUUUCUCUUAGAAUCAAUUUUAAAGGUCAUGACAAUGAUAAAAAUGAUCACCAAGUUAAGAAACUCCUGAUUUUCCAAAAAAAAGAAAAAUACUCCCCUUUUCACUACCGUAAAAUAUAGAGAGUGGAAAGUGUGAAGAAUAUAAACGUUAAUGUUAGGGUGUAAAUGGUUAUUACGUUGAGACGCCAUGGUGAUGCUACUUUGACGUUAAUUGAGCGAUUAAUAUGUUUAUUCCUUCAUUCAUUUCCUUUGAUGUGUUAUUUAUUUAUGUAUUAACGUAGGUAUUUUUGAUACAUCAAUUGCUAUCCAAACUCUUAGGGCAAGGGAGUGUGAUAAACUUUGUGCCAUGUAAGACACACUGGUUCAGAUCCACACUGACUAAAAACUAAUCGCAGUUUUCUUUUUUUAUCGAUUCGCAGCUGGUGGAUCCUCACUAGAUUUUUUCGAGAAGUUAAGACAGAGAUACCCUGAGGCUUAUCCACUUCUGUACACUGAUCUGAUCAUAGACUUCCUUUUCAUGAUCGACAUUGUCAUGAACUUCCGCACCACAUACGUCAAGGAAGGAGAAGUCCUCAUCACCAAUCCGUGGAAGAUCGCGGUUCAUUAUUUUAAGACUUACUUUGUGGUAGAUUUUGUAGCUGCCAUCCCUUGGGACUUGCUGGCCAGCCUUAACUCUGGGACAGAGGAGGUGAGAACUGACCUGAAACAUACCGGUUAACCCCUGUACACCCUUACAUCAGUGUGCAGAUUCUCCACACUGCUCUCUGUACGUUCCCUAUGAAAAUUGUGAGGAGAAUAGCAUAUUUGACCAUUUAAAAAAUACUUACCCUGGCGUUUAUUCCUUCCUAUUCAUAACGUUAAUAUUUGAAUCAGUGGCGAUUGUGUAAGGAGAAAACGGAUGAUGGUCACUCUUAGAGGUUAAAGGGUAAAAGUCGCUGUUUUAAGCAAUCCACAGACUUCAAUAUUAUUUACAAGUGGAUGUUUUAAGUAAAGAUAUGAUUUUCCAUUGCUGACUUUACGAGCGUCUUAGACGCUGUUCCUGAAAAGGAAAAAUUUAAGAUAUGGUUAGCACAUGGUUUUGCUGAUUAGCGGCUGAACGUUGUUUUAAUACCGACCCUAACGGCACGUUAAUUCACCAUUUUAACGAAGGUCGCAGUUUAAGGCGAUCAAUUGGCCUCACUAUCUUUUAACAAGCGAGUUAUUUAUGUGGUGAGAUCAUGCACUCCACUGUUAGCAUUCAUUACACUUUGCUAGGUUGCGGCCAAAUCUUUGAUUUUUUUAGACGGUUAUUAAAAUUCUCGUCUUUAUUUUAAAACAUUUUCGUGCUCCUUAGAUUUGGCUUUCCAAAUGAAAUUCAUUAACCCUCACAUCCCAACAUCAGUAUGCAUAUUCUCCAUACUGUACUCUAUACAUUUCUUAAUAUGCUGGCAAGGAGAAUUUGUUUAACAAUCAAGAGCUUCUUUAGUUGGUGAUCAUUUCCUUUAUUCUCAUGACCUCAAUGCUUGCUUUAGUGGUGAUACUGGUGUGGGAAAAUUGUUACCAAUCCCUCUCAGGGGUUAAAGGGUUAACGGUGGACAGCGGUUUUUACUUUAAGAGAGCAAAUAGUAGUAGAUGCGAACCAUUGGUCACAAGCGAAUGAUAUCGUGAAAAGUGUCGACUUUCGAUAAAGGCUGAUCUGCUCUGUUUUUACUUUCAGAACACUAUGUUGUUUAGUCUUCUUAAAACAGCUCGACUAUUACGGCUGUUUCGUGCCGCGCGGAAGCUGGAUCGAAACUAUGAGUACAUGACGUCGUUAUUGUUCUUGAUGAUCAUGUUUUUUAUGCUGGUUGCUCAUUGGUUAGCCUGCAUUUGGUAUGCAAUCGGGCAACAAGAGGCAGUGACGUACGACGGCUUGUCCUGGCUAAGUGUUCUGGGUUAUCAGUUGGAGAAACCGAUCGAGGAUGGAGAUCCGACCAGCGGUCCCUCCCUUCGAUCCAGAUAUCUGACGUCGCUUUAUUACGUCAUGACUCUGUGUACAACUGUGGGUUUUGGUAAUGUGGCAGCAAAUACAGAUGGAGAGAGGAUUUUCUCGAUAUGCUGUAUGCUUAUGGGUGGUAAGUCCGUACGCAUUUUAAAUUGGUAUGGUGUCGGCCCCCUCCUAGAUGUUCAUCGCAAUUUGCAAGUUUAGAGUCGUGAUUUCAACGACAUUUGUGUACAGUUAUUAGCAAAAUCUACGUCUAAGGAUACAUGUAAUCUUCAAGUAAUUUACAGUAAAUCGAUUUUUUUUGCCCCCAGCUGUGAUGCACGCCGCUAUAUUUGGAAAUGUGACGGCCAUCAUUCACGGCCAGUACUCAAGUAACUUUCGAUAUCGCAAGGAGUCUCUGCAGAUCAACGAAUUCAUUCGCUAUUUUAAGAUUAAAAAUCCGCUGGCUAGAAGGCUCAGGGAUUAUUCGCGCCACACUUGGUCUCAAACCAAAGGAACAGACAUGGCAAGGGUAAGUAUCACGUGUUCAUUUUACUUUCAUUGCUCUCUUACACGGACACUGUUGUCACCGGUUUCCAGCGCCUGUGAGCGAUACUUAUCCGUUGAUUCCGGACAACGAUAAACUAACGAAAGAAAAACGGCCGAAAGUAGCGUUUACAGAUGAAGAUUAGUUUUCAGCACCAAAAGUGAUCUAGGAUUGCUUUGGUCCAGCUUUGCUUCGCUCUUUGACUGGUUUAGGAAAUGCACGCCACUCUCUCUGAUCCCAAACUGAGACUCGUUGCAACUCGCAACCCAGUGUCACUCACGAUUUCCUGCGCUUCCGUUAGUUGGCUCCUUAUCAUUGGAACCGUAAGAGAACCAGUUCGUGUUUUCUAAUGGAAGCUUGAAGUACUUUGACUUCAUUUUUACGACACUCAAUCGAAAUGCGACUGAUUUAGUUAAGCAGUCUUGUCACACACGUUACUUUUGUUGAAUGAAUCAAAUUAAAAAAAAGCAGUUGGUUUCAAGGGAUUUAACGUACUUUUUUUUAACUUAUCACGCAGGUCCUUCAAAAGUUUCCGGAUGGUCUUCAAUACGAAGUUCACCUUCACAUGCACCUUACUGUUCUGUCUCACUCAUUUCUCUUCCAAGAUUUCGAAGAUGGCUGCUUGAGAGCGCUUUCGAAGAAGAUGCACCGACAUCAUCACCUUCCUGGCCACCAAAUUCUACACGAGGGUGAUGAUGUCGACUCUGUGCAUCUUGUCAGGCGGGGGAAAAUCGACAUCAUGAUGUACAGCGAAACACGUGGAAGAAUGCGUGAGUCGACAAAAAAUGUUUUCAGGGAGUGGAAGGCUUUAUAGUCACAUAUUGAUUUAAGAGGAUGAAAAUAUUUUGCCGUAGGUAUUGUUACAGUUGUCUCCUAUAUUCUUAAGGAGAUUGGUGCUGUAUUCUAUCUUGAUAAGACAAGAUAAGGCGCUAGUGAAGGCAGAAAGCGCACAGCGGCGCAGCAUUGAUAUCCGUGGUAAAUAAAUUUUAAACAUUCUUCCUUUUGACUGACUGACCAGAUAAUAAGAUGAUUACCAACUGACUAACUAACUGACUGUUUGGCCCACUGACUGACUGACCGCCUGAACAACCGAUUGAUCGACGAUCGAUCGAUCGAUUGAUUGACCGAGAAAUUGCUUUGAAAUUUUGAUGUCACAAACAUAGAUAUGUUUUUAUUAACCUCUUCUGUUGCUACCCAAAAUGAGCAGAAGCAUUUUUGCGGAUAAGCAUUCAGGUGGCCGUAUUAAACAGUUAAGUGACAGUCCUCUUAUUCCUUUUUAUUUUUGUCGAUGUUACAGGGGAAGGAGAUGCAUACGGUGCCAGUUUAAGGCAAAUUUCUUCUCGUCCACGGGCUGUAGUGACCUUACGAGCGUCAACAUGCGUGGACUGUCAUGUGAUAAAGCUCAAAGAUCUGGCAGACAUAUUGAGGUCAUAUCCUAACCUACGCUCUCAGCUACUGAGAAUGAUGGACGCUGCUGAUCAAAAUGAUCUGUAUGAUGAGGUGAUUUAUUUUGUUUUACUCGACUCGGAAUUUACUAAAUGUAUACAACCCGUUCGGCCCCGACCUAAUGGACCCUUCCCUUGUAUCCGUCACUGGUUUUUCCAUGAAAUUUGCUCUACAUAUCCCUCACUAACCAAGCGCGGGGGCUGUACUAACAAAAUAUCGGUUCGAGGACUUGAUGGGAAGUUCGAUAUCCUCGCAGUAGGGUCUCUACCAAGUGUGGUUAAUUCGAAAUUUAUUACUUAAUUGUCGCUAAUGAUUCGAAUAAUUUUGAAAUAUUUCUUAAAACGCAAUUUUGAUAAGAUGACUGGUCUUUUUUCUUACAGGGCGUUGCAAAUGAAAAUGGUAAUGGAGGCGUUAACGAAGUUGGCAAGAAUGGGUCAGGGUUGAGGAAAUCAUCUUGUACGCACAAGAAAAACUCAUUGAUGGUGGAUCACGAAUUUGAAAUGAAACCAAUGUUAGGCGUUCGAAGCAGUAAGUUGCUAGAAAAAAAACCUCCUCACAGUUCGAAAGAGCGGCUCGGCAAUGGAGACUUAAACAAGUACAAGAGUAUUUCUAUAGAAGAUAACACCUCCAAUGAAACAGUUGGGCGUUUUAUCAACGUAACGCGGUUAAUUAACAUCGAAAUGGAAUCGCCUGAUGAUGUAAAUGAAAAUGUUAGAACAAGUGAAGAAGAUGAGGAGGAGGAUGAAAUUAUCAAGAAGGAUUUUACAGAGGAAGCUCCACAGCAUAAAAUAAGUUUAGCGAAGUCGACCUGCUCUGACUGUAAAACUGAGUUUAGACCUUCGAGAAAAGCGAACUUUGAGGAACGUUUCGAGGAAAUGGCUACUAAUAUGCAGAGACUAGAAAGCAGAGUGGAAGCUCUGAUAUCUCUUUUAGAGAGAACUGGAAAUAGUAAUGCGCCGCCAGGAGGUUCUAAAGAGGAAACGAAAGUUAAUUUUUCUGUGACGUCUGUCUGAUUGUGGAUUUGUUAGGAUCUCGCGGCUCCACGAAGUCAAAACGUUUUCCUUCGCCUUUGGAAUCGAGUGCUGAAUCAUUUGUCCAAUGGCAAACUAAGAGGAGAAACUGUUCUUCCCCUACAGAGAAUACUGAUGGAAUUACACAGGCAUAUCGAAAUUACUACGGCUACUAUGGGAGCAGUAAAUUUCGAUUAACCAAAAACUUACUCAAAGUUCAAGGUAGUUUCUGUACUUUAAGUAUGUUCCAAAAUAAUGCACUUUUUGUGGUGCAGGUAAAAGUAACUUCAAUAGACAAUUAAUUCAUGCGAAAAGGCCAGAGGCAAAGUAACACGUAGGCAAUAUUAGCGUGCAUGCAAACUUUGAAAUUCUGAUACGUUUUGUACUGCCUUGAAUAGUUUUAGAGAUCCUUUCGACUCCAGGACAAACUCGAAAACACGCUCGAGGUCUUAAUACAAACUUUUAGUGAAAUAAUUGAAAACAUAUAUUCUAUGUCGAGCUUCAUUGCGCUCAGUAAGCAGUUUCGGUAUCUUGCAUUCGCCUCGAUGCUAUUUUCGCGGAACUCGUCCAAUGAUGAUGACGACCAUUCCCGCUAAAACUGUUAACACAAGUUCGUACACACUCACUGUUCCACUUGUGGAAAAUCUGUGAACUCACGGUCAUUAUCAUCUUAGAGUCUGAUGCUUUCUGUGCUCCAAGACACUGCGCAAAUCACACUGCAUGAUUCAUACUUGAAAGUACCCUUCGAUAGUUUUCUAUAAAAGGAAAGUUGUUGUUACCUGGGAAGGAAAUUUCGACGACUUUGAGCCUUUGUCAGAGUAAAGAGACUUUGUUGAUGACUUCGUUUGAUUCAAGCCAUGUCUUCAACUAAGCUUGUUGAAUCAAUAAUGGCACAGCAACAAAUGACCUGCAUGCCUACUGUUUACCAAAGGGCUCUGUCAAGUGCAAUGCGGAAUAUUUUUACCAAAAAAUUAUCAUUUCAAUCAGCAAUUUAAUUAACUAUUUCAAAGAACGCGUUUCUAUCCAGAACAUUAUCUAUCCUCUUCACAUUCGUAGAAACUUUCUGAGAAUUUUUCAAGUAAUUGUCCUUUUUGAAAAAAAUGCAACCAAAGGUUUUUGUCGCGUUUGUUUUUAUGCUUGUAAUAAACAAUCAGCGGAACUGAGAACUUAAACAAAAAAACACGUAUAUGCGAACUUGGUCCAAUGAAUGGUCAAAAUAGCGCAGGUAUGUAAAGGAUUUGUCUUAAUUAAAGAAGUCCUGAGAAAAGAAUUCCGAUGUAAUUUGA